CAUACUGCUGACUGUGCUGAGUCAGUGAGUCUCUGUCUGACUUCUAAGUGAAACAUGGCGGUCGUAGCUGGAGGGUUGAGGGACGAACUACCUGCCGAUGCGGCCAUACAGAAACUAGUAGAUAAAGUUAGAGUAUCCGUAGAGGAAAAGUCUGGUAGAAAAUUUACUGAGUUCAGGGCCAUUGCAUACUGCACUCAAGUGGUAGCAGGAGUAAAUUACUUUAUUAAAGUAUGUGUUGGUACUAAUGAUUACGUUAUGUUACGUGUCUAUCAGAGUCUUGAUCAAGAGGUAACUCUCAGCUCCUACCAGUUGGACAAGAAAGAAAGCGAUCCAAUCGAAUAUUUUGAUUAGAAAUAUUGUUGAUAUUAUUUUUUGCUAUAACGUGGAUCUAAUUGCAAUUUUUAUCAUUAGUUAAAUUAUCUGUGGAGGUUCUUGUUAAUGAAUUGUUUGUGGAAAAGUAUUAUUCCUUGCUAGUCAGGCAUGUUUUUGGUUGGGUGACUAUUAUUGCAUUAAUUUACUGGCUCAUUUGAUUUGCGCGUUAUUUCUGGGUGGCCGCCUACGGAUACGGAUCGAGGACUGGAGGUAAAAUUUAUGAAAGAAUGAUGAAGGAAGCAGUUCUCUUUGUGUUUGUGAUCACAGCUGUUGUACUUUUAACUGAAGGAGAAUACGUGAACGAACUGUACGUAGAAAAUUAUCAAGGCAACGAAACGGAGAUAAAAUCUUGCUAUGGAGGUAAAGCCGAGUGUAACGGGAGUAAUAUCAUAAAGGUUCAGAGAGGGUACUGGGUUGGCCAAUGGAAAGACAAAGGCUGGGUUAUUGGACUCUGCACUUUCUGUAGAAGCUUUUACAACAGCACAACCCAUGUAGGUGAGCUAAUGAACGUUAAUUUACACAACCAGUGUGCUGACAAUCGUGAUCAAUCAUCAGUGAUGUGCUCUACUUGCAAUGAAAACUAUUCAAUUGCCAUUAACAGUGAGAACUAUGAUUGUGUUGAGUGUAACAAAAGUGAGAUGUGGCUAUACUUCGUACUAAAUGUUACCAUCCUUUUGGUAUUUUUGCUAUUCAUCUUCAUAUUUGAUUUCUCUCUUGUUUCUGGUGCAUUAAACCCACUUAUCUUUUUUGGACAAAUGACAACGACAACAUUGAAACUGGAUAUGUAUGGGGCCAUUCCAAUAAGUAGCAGUUUUGUUAAUAGCACAGCGAAUUGUUAUCAGAUCGUAAAUGCAUUUUGGAAACUUGAUUUAACGUACUUUAAAAACAAUUUCUGUUUUGCCAAAGAUAUGGAGAUGGUUAGUGUUUUGGCUUUAAAGUACAUUGUGGCAUUGAUGGCUUUACUACCAGUUGUCGCCCUGAUAUUAGUUGCUAAGAACUUAGACAAAAUAUCAGACUCUUUUGGGAGAUGUCUUCGACGUUUACACUUCUCAGAAAGCAUUGCAGCUGCCAUUGCAAAUUGCAGCUGCUUUAGCAGGCUUGCUUUCAUAAAUCGAAUGAUACGUUUUAGAAGAGACUCUUCUAUCCCAACUCUUGUUGCUGCUUGUGUGAUACUGUCCUUCCCAAAAUUGAAUAUUAUCACAUUUUAUCUCCUAGCACCAACAAACUUAUAUGAUUCAGAUGGAACAGUUAUUGAUAAAGUUUUGUAUUUGGAAGGAAAAUUGGAAUAUCCCGGUAACAUGACGCACUGGAGGUUUGCUUGGCUGGCUAUAUUUUUUCUCAUCACUGUUAUCAUGGGAUUUCCAUUUAUUUUGCUAGCACUAAGAUACAAUCAUACCGAAAGGCAAAACAAUGCUUCCACAAAAUUUGGUCACAUUAUGUGGUAUUUGGAUAAAUUUCUUGACAAAUGUCUUCUUGUCCCAUUCCAGAAAGAUCUUAAAGACAAAAAAUACAGAAGAGGAACUGGGCCAUGCUCAAAAUUCAAAAUUUGGAGAUUUUCAUUUGGAAUUCAUGACUAUCGUUGGUAUGCUGGUUGGUAUUUGUUUCUCCGUUCAAGCCUAUUUGCUACUUCAAUUUUCUCAAUGGAUUAUGCUAGUCAAUUGAUUUUACAGCAGAUCUUAAUCACACUUGCCCUGGGAAUAACAGUCACACUACGUCCAUACAAACAGACGGUUCACAACAGGCUGGAUGCCUUUAUUUUUUUGCUCAUUCUUAUCAUCAACUUUACUGUAUUCUACCAAUAUCAACUCACAUUUAGUAAAUCACCGAGCAACCAAGUGUAUAUAAUUCAGUAUGUCUUAAGCUUCAUUCCUUCAUUCCUAAUACUCAUAUACUUCUUCAUUAAAUUGUGCAAUAACUGGAGGAGUGAUCGAUACUCAAUGCACCCACCAGAACUAUAUUAUGAUCAAUCAAGUUAUUUUGUCAACCAAAACCCAACUGGAUGUAUUGAGCGUUAUUUUUGUAGCUGCAACUGUACAUUAUGUGAGCAAACACCAUUGAUGACACAAGCAGGCCAGUAAACAAUAGCAAAGUGACUAUAGAUUUAACAUAAUGAGUAAUUAUUACAAUAAUUAUUAAUACCUGUAGUAUAUUUACAAUAGAUUCAUAACAAAGAUUUUAGAUCUAUGUGCUGCGAACUUUAA